UUUCUUCAAUGCCUUAUUUGUCAGUUUCCAAGGCAACUGUCUUUUCAUUUUUACAUGAACUAUGAAUUUUAUAAAAAAAAGUAAACACAGUUACGUCUGUUAUUUUAUUUUUACAAAAUUAAAUAGAUUUAAUUCAUGAAUAGUUAUUAUGGAAGGUAUAAAAGAAGAGGCUAUACACCAUACAGCAUUAAAACUCGCGGAAGAAAUAAAAAAUCUUUCAAUUUACAAAUCAUUUUAUAGUGAUGUGCAGAAAUUAGUAUCGUCUCCAAAUGUUAAAAAGGAAGAUUUCAAACAAACAUUGCAACAGGCUAUGAAAGAAAAGGGUUUAGAUACUAAACUUAGGAAUACAGUUUUUCAUUGGGUUAGGACACAGAGCAAACAAAACAAAUUAGAUCCACUAACAUCCCUUUUAAAAGCAAGUGCACAAUGGGAAAAGAGAAUACAUAAAUCGUUAAAUUCAAUGUGUACAGAUCUUGAGACCUCGUUAGCAAAAAUCAGACCUCAAAGUGAACAGGAAGAACUAUCUGAGAAAUGGAAUGAACUUAGUACUUACACUUUAGACCUUUCGAAAUACAGACCUGUUUAUGCACCAAAAGACUUUUUGGAAGUACUUAUAACUUUAUCCGGCUAUGUUCCUUUCACUAGAGAAGAUGAACCAAAGUGGGAGUUUGCACAUUUACCGAUUCAAGUGAAGACCUUGGACCAGCUACGCAAAGUUUUCCCAGAAUGGGCAAACGGUGAACCUCUUUUGGGUGUAAAUCCAAAUAUGCCGAGUACAGUUCCGGGUUUCGCGACCCUCGAAGCGGAGCGUAUCAGCUUGGGAGAGCGAGUAGCAGCACUUGGUUAUGCACCGGUUGUACAGGAGUACUUAAAGAAAGGAAGUCCUCAAUGCCUUCGAGCGAAGUUGUGGUCACAAGUCUUAGGUUCUGAAGUUAAAAGCCAGCAAACGGCAUACUUCGCUCAGCUAAAGAAAAAUGUUUUGGAAGUGGAUUUGAUGAUAGACAAAUUAAUAUUCAAAGAUGUGCAAUUAACGGCUUCGAACGAUGAUCAGUAUUUUGUAUUUGAAGAUUUAUUGUAUCAGGUCAUGUUAUGUUUUUCCCGCGAUGUCGAUGUAAUGCAACAAUUGAAAGGUAGUAUUGGCAAUCCGCCGACGGUGACAAUAAAAGGAAAACAGACUUCAGCGGAAAGUAUGACCGUGUUUCCUCCGAGCGGAAUCAUACCUUUCCAUGGUUUCACUAUGUAUGCAACUCCUUUCUGCUAUUUGUACGACGAUCCUGUCCAGUUGUACUAUACGUUUCGAGCGUUCUAUGUGCGGUACUGGCAUCGGUUGCACUACAUAUCGACUCAUUCACAGGGUAUUGUAUCAUUGUGUCUACUAUACGAGAGGCUCCUGGAGGCGAACGAACCUUUGUUAUGGAUUCAUUUUAGAAAUAUCAACAUCAAUCCAAUAAGGGUAGUGUUCAAAUGGUUGAUGCGAGCGUUCAGUGGACAUCUACCACCGGAUCAACUACUGCUGCUCUGGGAUGCCAUACUAGGAUACGAUUGUUUAGAAAUCCUACCAUUAUUAGCGUUGGCAAUACUUAGUUUUAGAAAAGAGAAUAUAUUCCAAGUAAAUACUUUGCAGAAUGUUGAUGCUGUGCUAGCUGAUUUAUCCACAAUAUCUGUUAUACCGUUGUUGCAAUUAGCAUUAAUGAAGCCCUGA